UUGCUAUACAAUUUCUCAUUGUGAUAAAAUCAUAAUGGGCAGGAAAGUGACUAGGCGCCGUAGAAAGGCUUAUCUAGAGUCUCUGAUUCAUAACGAAAAACUGCAGUUUGAAAAGCAAAAAGAAAAAAAACAAUACAAGGAGGAUAAAGUUUUGAUACUGGAUAAACUUUCUUCCGUACAACUUGAUAGUCAUGAGAGUACAUCAAGUGACAACAUUGUAUUGCAACACCUGGAAACUGAAAAAGGGGGUGAGAACAAGAUAAAAGCUUCCUCAAAACCAAUAACAAAAAGACAAAGAACGAAAGAUCGGCGCCGUAGACAAAAGAUUAGAAACAGAAUGCAACAAGCAGUUGCUAUGUUUAGCAGUUAAAGUAAGAAAGAACUGUACAUAAGU